GUUAAAAAAAGGAGGAGCGAGCAUGAAGUCUGUCCGUUUUCGGGGGGGACUCGUCUUGCUCCGUUUGAAAGAGGCGAGCACGACACAGCAGCGCUCGUGAUAGCACGUCGUCGGCUGAGCGGCACUGUGGGUGUGUUUUAUUAGCUGCUCGCGUGAACUGCAGGUAGCGGAGCGCCUGAGCGACACGGAGCCGGCGGAGCGUCUCCUCUCUCUCCUCUCCGAGGUAAAGACGUGUCCGUCUCCGUCUGUGUGUGGAAAUGAGUCUGAACCUGUGAGGAAUAACCUGAGCAGCUCGAGGCGGAGGGAGUCGAGUCGUGCUCAGCCCCACAGGUUUGACACAGGUCUGAGAGGCGAGUGAGAGGUAGGACAAACGCUGCUCUCUCUUAUCAGCGGGAAACACUGUGAGGAGACAAACGGACAGGAGCCAGGUGUCAGCUACGCGAGGGGAACUGGCCGUUUGUGCUCUGUGGCGAUGCGCAGGCUGGAUUCGUGUGAGAAUGAUACCGCUAAACUGACAUAUUCCACACCUUGAGCCUUUUUAAUAUCGAAACGAAGCCUUAGCAACAACUUCCCGCGUACCUGACACUUCCAACGGCCGUUAUCCUCACGUGAGAGGAGGGAAUGAUAGUUUACAGCGGGGAGCGCUCCUCAUUGGCCGCGCUCAUUAACAUCAAGUUUACCAUAGAACUCCAUUCAUCACAGCAGUCUGUCUGUAGAACUACAUCUUCGUGGGCCGUGAAUGAGAGCUGGCUGUUUUGUUUUCUUCUGAGGUCCAUUUGUGUGGUUUUAUGUACCAAAAAAAAUGGCUUAAUUUUACAUAACCAUUUUCAGCCUCUCUCGUUCCUCUUAGAAUUGAACCAGCUUUUUGUUACUUUGCCUUCAUGACUGAUAUAUGUAAAUGAGCUCUGUUCUGAUUGGCUGUCUUAUAUUGCGUCUCAUUUAAAAAGCAGUCCAGGCUGAAAUACCCUUUAUAACCCCAGUGUGAGUGGGCGGAGCUAAACUGCUGUUGGCUGAAUAGACAUAUGCAUCUGUUGGCAUUACGAAAAUAUUGAAUUCAAAACAGGCUAUUUUUGCAGCUUAGUCUCCAUAUAUUGACUGGGAAGUAAAUGGUACAUUAAGAAACUUUACAGUGUUUUACAUACUACACCAAAUCCUUUCAUAAAAAAAAAAACAUGUAAAUUCUGUUUUCCUGAUAUGGGCCAUUUAAUUAUUUUAUUUGUUUUUCUUUUUAUUAUAUAUAAGGAAAUUGAUACCUUAGUUGUAACUGAAACGUUAAUAGGUUAAACUAUUACUGUUACUAACACAUGACACUAUAGGUGAGCAAUAUGACAAUUUUUGUUGUUCUAAUAAAUUUAUUAUAAUUUUUAUGAUAAACAGUACUGAUGCUGUCAGGAAUGCUCAAUGUUCAGGUAUCAAAUGCAAAAUCAACAUUAUACAGAUAUUAUACAUAUAAAGAUAUGAUGACAGUAGAUAAUUCACUCACAUCCUUGAAAGACACGUCUUUCACAAAGUUUUGAGUUCUCUUUGAAUUAUCUUUAAAUGCACUCGCAAUCAUCUGAUUCAUCUUCUAUGUGCGAUUACACAUUUACACCGAGAGGUCUCCAAAUCCCCAAAACUUACACAGUGUAGCUUUAAAGAGCACUGCCCAGCUGCAUGCUUCAUUAAAAGAGAGCCCAGAGAUUACGAUGGCAGCUUUUAAAUGUGGCAGUGCUAGUGGAUUGUGUAUUUGUUUCAAAAUAUUGUGAGCUGUAUCAUGUAAUGUGAAAUUCUCAAGUAUUGUUAUAUUUUUGCCAUAUUGCCCAACCCUUCACAACAUUGUUCACUCUAUAAAAUUCCUACAGGACUGAGAGGUCAAAAGAAGGUUACAUUUUUGCAACAGAUAAGUAAAAAGUGAUGACAGCUUUCCAUUCCAUUGUAUCGUCAGCAGCAAAGCAUCUAAGACUUGCUGGAUACUGCUCCAAACUCCUGAAAACGCCAACCAAAUAAUGACACUUAGAGCCAAUAACCUACUAAAAUGAUAUGAAGCAGCAGUGGUAUUACGUAGAACAGAGAUGUAAAAUGAUGGUGUGGUUGCUGGACAGAAAAUGUCCUGAGAAGCGUUUAUGGAUUAUAGAGCAACUGUGGUGAGUCAGAGACGCCGAUGAGAAAACGAUAAACAAAGCAAGGCAUUGAUGUAAUCUGUAUCCUCAAGGUCAUCAAGAGGGGAGUCUGAAAUAGUCUAAGAUAGAAUUAUUGUGUUGUGCAGGCAGCAGAAGCCAUGACUUGAUUAGAGAGACAGCAAACGUGUGCUGAAGAGAGAUGGUUGCGUAACUGGACUUAAUGGGAGGCAGUAAUGGCAUUGGUUUGUAGGAGGGAAGCAGGGGAAUUGGCAUGUUUAGAGGUAUCAUUAACAGCCGAAGAGGCGGCAUGCUGAAAGUCACCAUCACGUUUGAGCGGUCAAGUCAUAAAUUGCAUUGCUGAAUGAGAACUCAUGCUGUUGACACCAUUUUCUAAUGCUGCUAUACAGAAGGCCACAGGUUUUUUUUUUUAGAAGAGCAGUGUGUGCUUUUCACUCUGCAAUGUGUGAAAUUGAUACUCACCCCCUAAAGUCAUUGUGGGGGCUGUGCUUGAACAGCUGAGAUCAAUUAUGAAAGGGGCCGUUGUGUUUCAUAUAUUACGGCCAGUGUUUUGAAAAUAUGACAAGUUCAUAAGUGAUGAUGAUCGCCCCCCUUCCUAUGUCCUUUCUUUUUGUUGAGCAGCAUGUGGGCUGGUGUCCUCUGGAGAUCUGAAGAGCCCUGAUCCGCUCCACCGAGGGGUCGUCCGGCAGGAGGAGACCCUAGCUCUGCAAGAAUUGGCAUUCCCUUAGUUGGAGCAGCUGUUGAGAAAAGUGCAUCUGUGGAAAUCCAACUUUCUUUCUUGGAGAGGACCUGUCGCAACCCCUUAGGAGGUGCUUUGUUACCUCGAAGUUUGCAGCACACUUCCGCACCCUGCAGUUUGAGGAAAUGCACUUCCUGGGACGAGCUUUUCCACAGGAAGAUCUUAGUCCUGAAAAAAAUGUUCUCAACUGACUCUCAGAUUUAUUUGAUUUUCUCCUGAAAUAUGACUUUGGGGCAUGCCGUUCUGAGACUUAAUGACUGAACUCUGUAAGAUUACAGCAAUACGACAAAAGCAUUCACAACUUUCUGUCUUCUCAGUUGGACUGUGGAGGGCCAGAGCUUUAUCAAAGACCUAGUCAUGGUGAUGUCACAGGGCACGUAUACUUUCCUGGCGUGCUUCGCCGGAUUCUGGCUGGUCUGGGCUCUUAUUGUAAUGGUGUGCUGCUUCUGCAGCUUUGUGCAACGUAAGCUGAAGCGCCAGCGUGAGGAGAGGCUGCGGGAGCAGUGUCUCAGGGCCCUCGAGAUGGAGCCUCUGGAGUGUACGGCAGCAGCAUACCCUGCUAGAGAGACCCCUCAGUUCUGCCCGCCUCCUCAAAUGAUGUCUCCACCAGUGCCAGUCUCCCACACCAUCCAUCAGGGGAACUGGACCACACCACAAGUUCCUGCUGUCCCUGUUGACAACGACAUCUGUGGGAAACCCCCUUGCUAUGAGGAAGCAGUUCUAAUGGAGGAUCCUCCACCCCCUUACAGUGAAGUUCUUGCUGAUCCCAGAGGAGGAACAUACACUAAACCUGCACCACGUUCUUCCAGAGAGCACCAGGAGUCAGAAACCCGAAAGAUGGCGCCACCCAUGACGGUGUUCCCCGAACGUGGCUACUCCUCGCUCAUCCGUCUGCCCACCGCCAGGCGCUGGGAUUCCCUAGGACACCUGCUGUCCACCAUGGACCUCAACCACAACAACCUGCCGGCAGAACCCCAGGCCUCGGCCAUCGCCACCAUGCCCCGCGAGGGCCGGACUCACACAGACCUGGGCCUGCGGAGCCUCAGGGGUUUGGAUCACAAUUACGGACUGCCCACUGCCUUCCCCCUUCUUGGCCGAAGUACGGCGGUGUGAAGCUCUGAACGUUUGGACCACUGUGGAGCACUUUCUGAGGCUAAUGCUGAUAAUGGUGAGUCAUUCCUGCUGUUCAGGAGACUCCAGCUAUUGAUCUGAUGACAUUUUCUCUCUUUUUUGGGAGCUGGGAGGCGAGAAGAGCUUAUCGGAAGACUCAAAGGACCAUUCCACUUUUCCCCCUCAAUCUUGUAUCUGUAUGAGAAGAUUAUACAACAGAUGUAUCUCUCUCUAGCUCUCGAUCUCUUGCUCCUCCUCUCUCUCCUGUGCUCUGUGGCAUCCCUGCCUGAUGCAGAGCAGCAGCUAUUAUGUGAGUGUUGUUGCCAUGGCUCCCGGGAGCUGUCUGCAGCCCACCAACGCCUAGCCCCUUGCGGCCUCCUCUCUUCCUCUCUUUUCUUCUCGUCAGCCUCAGACUGAUAUUAUAUGAAUGGCAUUUGAAAUCCUGUCUUUGUAAACUAGGUCUAGCACAGGGCCACAACAUAGCAAAAUGUCCAUGGUCUGUACUGUAGCCAUAUCAUAGCCUGGGUGCCAGAUUUGCCAGUAUGGUGGCGUAUACCUUUCGGUUUACAGUCGCUAACCAUUCUACUCAAUGUUUGCAAUCUUUCACUGUCUGGUUAAUACUUGGUGAAGAGACCCCUCACUCUUGAACCUUAUGGCUUUUGUAUGUGGUAUAUUAAGAUACAUGGUGGAUGUCGUAGGUCACUGUGACUUUUUAGGACUGUAAUUGGUCCACUUCAUCAUAGUCAGAUUCAAGGGUGUCAAGUUGAAGUCCUUUUCGGAGAUGAGUGUUUUCCCUCUUCUAACACAGGGCUCCUCAACUUUAGUCCUGGGGACCUACUGCCCUUAAAAUUUUUUUCCUGCCUAAACCAGUGUUAAUCCCAUCAAUGAAAAUGCUGAUGGCUUUUUUAUUUUUGUCAUUAACAACAAGACAAAAAAUCCACUCAUUGCUGAUUGCAGUGUCAGCUAAUUGCUUAAACAAUACUAGCUGUUUUGAUUUGAUUGAUAUUUCAAACCUAUAUGUGAUGACAUUUAUUGCUUGCUGAAAGAGCAGAACAUUUAGACAUCAGUGGGCUACUGUGCUGUAAUACAUUGUCUUCAUUUUACUUCGCUUAUAACGUUUUUUGUAGAGUUACAUCUCUCCAUAAUGCUAAUACAGGUGGAUGCAGACAUUUUAUAAGUGCUUGUGUAUCAGUGUUGGCUAAUAUAUACGUGAAAAAUACUGGUUAUCAGCAAUAACCCAUAACUCUGAAUCAAGCUCAACUUUUAGCUGUUAGCCUUGUGUUCAGGUCACAAAAAAAAACUACAAACAUGGCAGAUUUGUAUUGGAUUAAAAUGAUGGUUCCUGUCAGUAAUCACUCAAAUUACAGCACCUCCCCAGGUAAAACUCCAGCUCAAAUAGAGCUUUAGUAAAUUGUAGUUUUACAAUGACUUCAGUCAACUGAACCCAAAGCCUGUUAGCCUGUUAGCUGGCUGGCUGAUACAGUAAGCGUAGCUGCUACCCUAUUCCUCUAACUGUUAGCUAAAUUAACAAGACAUGAAGAAAUGAACACUGGCCCCACCACACCUGAUUCCACUUAUAAAGGGCUUGAUAAUUACCAGGUGUGUUGUGCCAGGGAACACUUGAAACUACACAGGGCAGUGGGUCCUCAGCAUUGGAGUUGAACCAUUGUUCUUGCACACCAAAUUCAACAUUCCACAGGCUUUGCUAAUUAGCUGAAGAGUUGAAUAUGUUGUGUUAAAUGAGAUACAGCGCUAAACUGCAGUGCUGUGGGCCUCCAGGACUAGAAUCUGACACCUCUGCUGUAAUUCAGUCUAUUCAGCUCCCAGUUUAAUUUUCAUUAUCAUGUAAGGAACAGGCACCUCGGAUAUGAUGGUUUCUGACUGUAAAGCAGCAGGUAAGCAAACAUGCUGGCACAGUUUGACUCCCGGACUAGCUACAUCAUGCUGCUCAAUUGUACAAAAUGUACUUUAUAAACUGUGAAAUGUCACCUUGCUGCUUUGUCAAGGUAAACGUAAUGAAAUACAGAAUUCUGCACAAGUUUUUUUUCCUCUCCCUGGAAGGAUCUGGAACUUUUUUGAAGUAAGGCUUUCUCCAGAGUAAUUGCCUGCUCUACAAGAAGAUGUUCUGAAACUGCCUGGUAAUUACAAUUUGAUAACCGUCUGGUGUCUUCAUUUGCUUGGAAUGUCUCCCACAGCUUUUAAUUCAUUACUCAAUGCGGGUACAGGGGGAGACAGUAAUGUUUUUUCAGUCAUUUUUUCCAUAUUUUUUUUUUGUCAGUGAAUACCAGUAUCUCCCUCUGAAGAAUUUCUCAGUCUGUUUGAAAACUUUUAUAAUGAUGCAAUUUUUCAUCUCCCUUAAUUUCCCCGACAGACUGAUAAGUCCAUUAGUGAGCCUCUCUUAAAUAAUGUGAAUUAAAAUUCAUGGGCAUUUCUUUUUCAACAUGGCAUGUUUUUAUGAAAAAUGACUGGCAUAAGCUGCAUUGAGACUGAACUUUGCUGCCUACAAUUAAUUUUACCAUUUUCAUUUGCAGUGAACGAGGUUUUCAUGCUACAUUAUUAUAUCGUUGCUGUUACAUCAAAAGUCCAUAACUACUUUUUUUUCUCAUUUAUUUCUUUACACCAUUUCAAAACACCAGCUGCCCUUUACAUUGUAUGAAGAUAUCAUGAUAUAAAUGGUCAAAGAUUUCUUGGAAUAAAAUCUUUAGGGCUGGGAUCACUUACCGCUUCAUAGAUAAUUACUAAUAACAGCCAGGAAGUUUUAAGUAGAAUUUAUCAGGUUUUCUUUUGCAUUUUAUAUGCAUUAGCGUUAUGUUCCACUAUCCAAACCCCAGUCCUGGUUUUACUUCAUUUUUACACACAGCACUCAGGGCUUGCCCGAUUGCAACACUGGCAUGCUACUACGCAAACAUCUUAAGAAGUAGCAUUUUUAUUCUUAUUUAAAGUUUAAUGUAUAUUUACCAUCAGGUCUUUCCACAACUAGUCAAAUAUUAUGGAUGAAAAUAGUGCAAGCAGUGUUUAAAGCACUGAAGCCUGAACACCCUUUUUUAAAUUAAAAACAACAUAGGAAGAAGACAAAAAAAGAAUCCAUUCAGUAAUAAAGUUGGCACUUUUCUUUUGGCCAGUGGAAAGACGCACCAAAGACACAGAAACUGGGUAACAGCCCAUUCUGCUAAAACAAAGUUCCCAAUUUAUUGAUUUUGCAAAACUGCUUAUCGUCCCAGCCCUAAAAAUCUUCUUAAGAAGAUUAUUGACCAAUUCAGAGAUCUGAGGUUUUGUUACAAUAUACUUUUUUGCAAAGGAUAUGUGCUGAAAUACUGCUUCCCAGUUCCCCUGUUAGUCAUCACAGCAGUGGAUGUAGUUCAGGGGCUGUUUGGUCUCCUUUUCAAAUGGUGCUCCACUGUCCUGGUAGCAAAACAUGAUUUGGUAAUGCAGCCCACAUUUCUUCAGCGUAGUGAUUGCUGCAUUGUGGAGAGAUUUCAUUUUGUCACAACCGUCUUUUAUUGCCAUCGUUUCCCAUCAUGUCUCCCUGCCCUCGAAUGACUCUACCUCACUCAUCCUAAUGGCUGUCUUUGUUAACAUCUCAGCAUAUGAAUGUUGCUUUCAUGUGUCCAAUAGGCACUUUCGAAUGACAUUUGAUUAGUAUAGGCUCCUUUUUGGAGGCCUGAUCUAAAUAACAAACAGCAGUGAGUGGGGUAAUUAAGCAGAGCACAUUUAACAAGAUGCCUUUAUGGCUGAACUGCUAGAACACAAUGAUCUUUUACUAAAGCGGAGGGAGGGAUGCGAAAACUUAUUUCUAGUAUUGUGAUUUUAAUGCUCCUGCUGCAUGUAUUUAUUUGAAGAGGAUGAGCUGGAAGGUCUCCCUCCUUGUCACAGCUUGCACAGACAAUUAUGUAAUCUAAAACCAGUGAAAUUGCAUAACAAAAAAGUGACUUGUUUUUUUUUCUAAUUCUAGCUUGGGAAGGAAAGUGAGAUGUCUGGUUGUUUUUGGGUUGACCAAUCUCAAAAGUUGCAUCCACAUUCAAAGACAACAGCCCUGAACUGAUAAAAAGGAGAACACUGAGUACCCAGAUCUGAAAGAUUUGGUCCUGACAAGCAAGGCUACAGUACGUUUCAGUAUUCAUAGCCAAUGUUCAGUAGCCUAUUUAGGAGAUACUGUGUAUAUACAUUCAGAGAAGACAUAUAUAUAUUUUUCUAGCUUAGAUAAUAAAAGGCUCAAGGACAAUCAACAGAAUCAGCUCUUAAGGGCACCUCGAUGCGAGUCAGUACAAACAGCGGUGUCCAAAUGAACUCAAACAGAUCAUUAGAAUGACUGAAGGUGAAGUGGGAAUUACAACAGUGCGUAUUCUUGUCCCACGCUGGUUUUUAAUCUUUUAUUUUUGAAUGUAGUCCGCUUCUAUUAUACUGUGCUUCUAUUUUCGCUGCCGUUUUGAAAUAGUUUGGUCUGCUUUUGGUCUGAGAGAGAGAGCGAGAGAGAGAGAGAGAGAGAGAGAGCGAGAGAGAGAGAGAGGAGGAGAGGCAAAAGGCAGAGGUGUAAAGUGUCGUUCCUCUGCCAGCGUGUUGCUAAGCGACCAAAACAGAGCGCGCUGAGUCUGUUUACAUAGAAUAAUAAAAGUGAACAGCAUCUAUCCAUCCGUCCAUCCAUCCAUCCAUUCAUCCAUCCAUUAAUCUCACGGCCCUUUCGUGUUCACCCUAAGUGGAUUGUGUGCCACAAAUAAAUGAACGAGAUGUGCUCCGAAGGGGCCUCUCAUCGCUUUGCCACCCCUUCACUGUUAUUUUUAGUAUAAACUUCCUUUGUCGCUGGGGACACCCUUCUCUUUUGUUCUGUCAAUCAUAAAAUGGUUUAUUGAGGUUUUAUGCCAUCCAUAGUUUAUUUUAGAAGUCUAAGCAUGCUGGGUAUUUAUAGUCUGUUUUAGGGCAUUUUUCCACUGCACUGUGCUUUUUCCGUUGUAUCGACGGUUCCAGUUAAAGAGUGGUAGCGGUUACAAACAGGAUCUAAUGGUACUUGAGGGCAUUCACCUGUCGUUGGUAACACUUGUACCCAACAACAUAUAGCUAGUGGACUUCUUUCCUAUUCCAGAUAAGAAUAAAGUCACCAAGCUCUAUUAUGUGACCCAUACGAGCACCAAAACACAAACUAGAAUGGUAUCUUGGAUCCUUUGCUAUUUAUUGAAUUAUUUCUUUGAAAGGGUUUGCUCAGGUGAGCUAGUUAGGAGUAGUAUUUUGUUAGCCUUAACAGAAUGAGUGUUUUUGCUCACACUUAGCAGAGAAAAAUAUAAAGUUUGCUCGACUAUAUACUGUCUGGAAUGUUCCAGCUGUCUCUCAAGAAAGCUGAAAAAAAUAAAUAGAACUGCAAGGUCUGUUGGUUCCCCUUUACAUCAGUUCUUGUUUUUGAGUUCAGUGGAAAAACGCCCUUAGAGUGGGUUGCACCAGCAAAGAUGCAGAAAAACAGAGUUUAGAGAUAAUGAAACAUUUGUCAGUCCAGGAUUUAUUUUAAAAUGUGUUACAUUUGUGUUACAUUUUACUUAAUAUUAAACAUGGAUUAAUAAAUUUGCUGUUAAAGCCUUAAUCUGCUGUUUAUUUUGAUUGCCUGAAUGACAGUUUAAAUGUAACCCUGAUUACUUUCUUCAAACUAGGUUUGAAGUUCAGCACAACUGGAUUAAUGGAUAAACCUUGAUUUAAUCCAAGUUUAAGCUUAACCAUUAUUUGGUGCUACCCACCGUUACAGUGAAAGUGCAGCUAAGGAUGUUAAAGAAACGGUUUGACAAAAAAUCUAAUUCACACAAUUUCCCCCGUAGCUCAGGGGAAAACAUGCCAAGACAUGUUUGGUGUAUGCUUCAUUUUGGACUGAAGGAAAAAUAAGUGGAUAGAAGUAGAGACAAAAUUCAGGCUUCAAGAUGGCUGCUACUGUUUUUAUCUACGCAACUUUUGUGCAUUUUUGGAGAUAAAAGUAUUGAAUACAGUGUCAGAAAUGACAUAAACAAGAGAUUAUUGAAGAACUCGCCAUGGAUUAUUGAAGGUGUGUGAUGACUUAGGCGUGCUGUUAGCACAGUGCUAACUAAGGGUGUAUAAACAUAUGCUAGCUACAUUAACACAAACCUCACACUUUUGGUGCAAAACAAGAAACACACUUCAUUUGGGGGUGAGGGAAACUUGUGUAAUUUAAUUUUUUUUCCAAACUCCUUUAAAUGAAUCACUUGUAAGUUUACAGGCCAGCCAUUUUCCUUUCUUUCACAUGACCUGCGAAUGGCAAAUUGUGAAUGUACGCCAUGCAAUGUUUACAUAGCUUGCAGUGUGUGCUUGAUUUGUGUGUAAACACAUGAUUUGCCAGAGCUCUGUGCUAAUUCAUAGCUGCUAUGUAUUGAUACCAUGUCUUUAUGUAAGAAACCUUUUUUUUCUAGAAGCAUACAUUUGAUUAUACAUCGACUGGACUGACGUAAGACAGUGGAAUCUGCCUCUAUUGAAAAUAAAACUGAAGAUAAAAUAAGAAGAAGGAUAAAAAAGUUAUUUGGACCAGUGAACUAACUGGAGGGUUUUUGAAAUCUUUUAUUAACAUACAGAAGCACAGCAUGUCACAAAAGAUCUUGUGCUUGUUUCAAAAACAGCAAGUGAGAAGCGGACGGAAAAAGGGAAGAGAUAGAAAAAAAAUAAUAAAAAAGAGAGAGAAACUUCAGGAGUUGCUAAGCCUUGCUUCAGGGACAAAGGGGAAAUUGUAGUAGUAUAGUACUAGUAAUAGUAGCAAUAGUAGUGGUAGUAGUAGUCUCCUAGUAGUGUGAGAGGGAGAAAGAGCAUAAGAAUCACUACCAAGGAGGUCGGAGGGUGAAGAUUACAUUAAAAUCAUGUCAAAAGGGCCUCGGUUACUGUUAAAGAUGCGGGUUGGCUCCCCUUAGCAGUCCACUUUUUUGAAAACAUCCCGUCUUAAGAAACCCCGUCCAGUCCUAUGCCAGUAUUUGUUUUACAGGCCGCAAUCACAUACAUGUUAAUCACUGUAGCACUGUACUGACAGUACUAACAUUAGAAUUAGACCUAUUUACAAAACAAUACUACAUUGGUUUAGUAUUAUUGCUUGCUUAUUUCACUCAGAACAUUUGCAAAGAAAAAAAAGUUUUCUAAACAUAAAACCGAGGCCUAGGAUCUCAGUACCAUGGAACAAGGGUUGAAAAUACAACGAUACGGAAGACUGUUUACAGUCAAAGCUAUGAAAGAGCUUUAAUUUUAACAUAAAGAACAAGCAGUCCAAAUCAGAUACAUGAUACGUUUACCAGCAAAAGGUUCCAUGUGGAAAUUACUUGAGCUUGUGUUCAUCCAUGUCAGGUUGUGGUUUGGAUUAAAGGAAUGUUCUCUAUUUGCUAACCUGUUUGCUGCAUAUGUAUUGUAUUGUUGAUUACCUUGGACAAUAAUUUUGACACUUUGACCUAAGGUAUUCUGGUAUCCAUGCACGAUCCGAAUGGGGUCUGUGAAAGCCCCCCCUUGCAUAACUAUGCAGGUUUUACCGCAAAGUCUUCCCUCUGGAAAAAAAUGAAUUGUACUGAUUUACAACCA